AUGUCUGAGCCCAUUAGGAAUAAGAAGGCAGAUUUUCCUGUCGCUCCAACACCGCAAAACACGCCUGCGAACAAUGCACCCAUUUCUUCUCAUGCUCAGCAACCUGGAGUUUCCAGCAUCAAAGAAGAGGGCUUCGACCCUGCUACUGCGGCUUCUUUGUUUGCAAGGAACCCCGCGCUGGUAUCGAUGAUUCAAGGAAAACUUGGCUCGCUUGUUGGUCGCUCAUCCGGCUACAUUGAGUCCUUGCCCGCCUCUGUCCGCCGCCGUGUCGCCGGUCUGAAGGGUAUCCAAAAGGAGCAUUCAAAGCUGGAAGCCCAGUUCCAAGAAGAGGUUCUCGAACUUGAAAAGAAGUAUUUUGCGAAAUUCAGCCCGCUUUACGAGAGACGUGCUACAAUCGUUAAUGGAGAUGCCGAGCCAACCGAUGUUGAGAUUGAGGCUGGCAAGGCUGAGGAAGAGGACAUCGAUGCAGCUAAGGAUGAAGAGCCGAAGAAGGAAGAGGAGGAGUCCCCGAUGGCCGGUAUCCCAGAGUUCUGGCUCUCCGCCAUGAAGAACCAGAUUUCGCUCGCCGAAAUGAUUACUGACAGGGACGAAGACGCUCUCAAGCAUCUCACAGAUAUCCGCAUGGAGUACCUUGAUCGCCCGGGAUUCAGACUCAUUUUCGAAUUUUCCGAAAACGAAUUCUUCACGAACAAGGCGAUUUCAAAAACAUACUAUUACAAGGAGGAGAAUGGAUAUGGAGGCGACUUUAUCUAUGAUCAUGCCGAGGGCACCAAGAUCGACUGGAAGGAUGAAAAAGAUUUGACUGUUCGCGUGGAAAGCAAAAAGCAGAGGAACAAGAACACAAAACAGACUCGUGUGGUCAAGAUUACAGUACCAACAGAGUCCUUCUUCAACUUCUUCGCCCCCCCUCAGCCCCCAGCGGAUGACGAUGAUACCGUCGCUACGGAUAUCGAGGAGCGUCUCGAACUCGACUACCAGCUCGGAGAAGAUAUCAAGGAGAAGCUUAUCCCCCGCGCAAUCGAUUGGUUCACUGGCGAGGCCCUUCAAUUUGAAGAACUUGGUGACGAUGUGGAUCCCGAUGAGUUUGAUGAGUUUGACGAUGAGGAUGAUGAUGAGGAUGAUGAAGAUGAAGAUGGCCGAGGCUCUGAUCGAGAUGUUGAUGACUCUGACGAAGAGGAUGGUACUUCCAAGCCAAAGAAAGAGGCGGCCGAGUGCAAGCAGAGCUAG